AAACGAAGUAGAAGCAGCAUCCGCCAUAGAAGAAGAAGAAGUUUAGCUACAUGCUAUAAACUAGCAUGGAACUGGCGCUAAAAAUGAUUUCUUCUCGUCAAACUUCACUGGUUUUGAACUUUUGAGCGAGACGUUGGAGCUUCUCUGCCGAGGAUGAAGGUGAAGAUCCGGCAGUGGAACGGGGUGGCUUCCUGGCUCUGGGUGGCCAACGACGAGAAUUGCGGGAUCUGCAGGAUGCCCUUCAACGGCUGCUGCCCGGACUGUAAAGUGCCUGGAGACGACUGCCCGCUGGUCUGGGGUCAGUGCUCCCACUGUUUCCACAUGCACUGCAUCUUGAAGUGGCUGAACUCGCAGCAGGUCCAGCAGCAGUGUCCAAUGUGCCGCCAGGAGUGGAAGUUCAAAGAGUGAACCUGUGGAGGCUCAGACACAAAGACUCUGUAUAUAACUCCGUUUUGUACUUCUACAUCUCAACACAUUUUGCAUAUGUUGUAAUCUGUUGAUUAAUUAUGUGAUGAAAUAAAAAGGAAACAUUG